CUGACUUGGUGUAAAUUGUGUUUUUCUUGUUUUCUGUUAAAAUAUUAAUAUUUAUUUUUACAGUAGAUAGUCAAAAUUUACAAUUUAUUUUACGAGUUCUUUGCUAUACUUCGCUCACACCAAAAGUAAUUUUCUACCUUUUUAUAAAUUCAAUAUGAAUAGCUUAGGAUGGACCUUAAUAAUGAAAAGAGGUUGUCUCUUCUGUUCCAAAGAGACAGUAGACAUUAAAGGAACAAAAUACAUUAUACGUGAUCGACUGGCUCAGGGUGGUUUCAGUUUGAUCGAUCUAGCAGAAAAUGCUACAACACACAAACUAUAUGCAGUUAAGCGUAUAACUUGUCACAGCAUAGAUGAUCAAAAUAUAGCCCUGCGUGAGAUUGAAAAUUGUAGACGUAUCGAUUCAGAAAAUGUAAUUAAAGUAAUAGACUAUGAGCUGAAAGGAUCUGCGGAUAUUGUCAUCAAUACCACUAGUGACCUAUACAUAGUACUGCCAUACUAUAAGAACGGUUCGCUGGCAGAUCAUCUAAGUAUGCGUGCACGUAAAGACGAUCACAUGCCAGAAGCGCAAAUUUUGCAAGUAUUUCUUGGUAUCUGCAAUGGUUUAAGGGCGGUGCACGAAACUAAACCAGUGCCGUUGGCACAUCGAGACCUGAAGACAGCAAACAUAUGUUUGUCUGACACUUUUGAACCGAUAAUUGUAGAUUUGGGUUCAAUGACGGAAGCUCGUUUGCAAAUCUGUGGGCAGAAUGAAGCGCAACGACUGCAAGACGAAGCAGAGGAGCGCAGUUCAAUCGUGUAUCGUGCACCAGAACUGUUCUCAGUUAAGUCGUAUUCCACCAUAGAUGAACGUACAGAUAUUUGGAGCCUUGGUUGUGUUCUUUAUGCCAUGUGCUUCUUCCAUUGUCCCUUUGAUUCGGUUUAUGAAAAAGGUGAUAGUGUUGCGCUGGCGGUGCUGAGCGGUAACAUCAACAUUCCUGAAAGUUCCAUUUAUUCUGAUGAUAUGCACGAUUUAAUCAAAUAUAUGUUGCGUAUGGAUCCUAUGGAGCGACCCUUUAUAUAUAGUGUAAUCGAAAAAACCCAAGAUUUAAUACAUAAGCUUGAUGGACGUGUUUAGCUAACUAUAACGUAUGUGUUUUUAAUUUUGCUUUUUUUAAAAUGUGAAUGAUAUUUUGACGUAAUUAUUGCAUUUUGUGAACAAUUUAUAUAUGAUGAACAA